AUGGCACUUGAGCUACUCCUACUCUUCGCUUUGGGAAUUAUCUCUCUUCUUCUCUUUAGCAGGAGAGCACUAAGCCACACUCACCGUGUUCAACACCUCCUCCCUCCAAGCCCCUUUGCUUUGCCCAUAAUUGGCCACUUCCAUCUCCUUGGCCCUCUCAUCCACCGCUCUUUCCAAGCCCUCUCGUUCCGGUUUGGCCCCAUAUUUUCUCUCCGUCUCGGCUCCGUCCCAUGCAUCGUCGUGACCUCGCCCAAGCUCGCAAAAGAGUUCCUCAAAACCCAUGAACUCUCCUUCGUAUCCCGCGUUCAGUCCGCCGCCAUCAAACGCAUAACCUACUAUUCUUCCUUGGCUUUUUCGCCCUACGGACCAUACUGGAAGUUUAUCAAGAAGGUGACGGUGAACGAGCUCCUCAGCAGCCGUAGCGUCAGCAAGUUUCAUUCCAUUAGGGCGGACGAGUACUCUCGGCUACUGAGACUCUUGGCCGAGAGAGCCAAGAGUUGUCUGGCUGUAAACCUCAGCGAAGAGCUGCCGAGGCUUUGCCACAACAUUAUAGGCCAGAUGAUGCUUGGGAAGUACUCCACCGCGGCUUCGAGCAGCACAGAGCGGGCUGAGGAGGCGAGGUUGGUGGUUAGGGAGGCGACGAGGAUUUUCGGAGAGUUGAACUUGUGUGAUUUUAAUAUGGUUUGGAAGAAACUGGACUUACAGGGGUUUGGAAAGAGAAUUGAGGACACGCAUCUCAAGUUUGAUGAACUAGUGGAGAAGGUUGUUAUGGAACGUGAACAACUGAGAAUUGAGAACAACGUACAAAAAACUAACGGAGGAGAGGAAAAGGACGAGGAGGUCAAGGAUUUUCUAAGCAUUUUGCUUGAUAUGUUGGAAGAUGAGAGUGGUGAGAGUGUGGAGGUUGGAUUUUCAAGAGUUCAUAUUAAGGCUCUAAUUACGGAUUUAUUCACGGCUAGUACUGACACAACAGCUAUUGCAAUGGAGUGGGCGUUAGCGGAACUCAUCAAUCACCCGGCGGUGCUCGAGAAAGCAAGGGAGGAGAUCGACCGUGUAGUUGGAAAUGGACGAAUAGUGGAGGAAUCGGAUGGUCCAAAUCUUCCAUACAUCCAAGCUAUCAUCAAAGAAACAUUUAGGCUACACCCACCUGUUCCUAUGGUCACAAGAAUAUCCGUAGAAGACUGUAAAGUCGGGGAAUAUGUUAUUCCGACGAAUACAAUACUCUUUGUGAACAACUGGGCAAUCGGAAGAGAUUCUAAAAACUGGGAAAAACCUUUGGACUUUUGGCCUGAAAGAUUCUUAGAAGGGGGUGACCAGACAAGCGGAAUGGAUGUUAGAGGUCAACAUUUUCAAUUUCUUCCAUUUGGGUCCGGGAGGAGAAUAUGUCCCGGUAUCAACUUGACCAUGAAAAUGGUUCCUAGUCUGGUGGGAGCUAUGAUUCAGUGCUUUGAUUGGAAGGUCAUUCCAAGCAAGAAGAUGAACAAUAUUGAUGGUGUUGUUGAAAUGGAUGAAAGACCUGGACUAACAACUCCAAGAGCCCAUGAUCUUGUGUGUUUUCCUGUAGCUCGCUUUAAUCUACUCAACAUCCUUAAACCUUAAAGGAUGGGUUGUUGGAGUAAGUAUGUAUCCAUAAAAUAAGAGCUAUGACCUCUCUCAUUGCAUGCAUGUUUGAGUUUGAGUUUGUUUGUUUGGUCCUUUUUUUUCUUUGUAACAUUUCUGUCUUAUUGGCUCAUUCUACUCACUGAGAUGCUCCAUGUAACCGG